UAUCUAAUUCCUUAGAUAUGAGUUCUGUUCAAAUCCUUUCCUCCACCGCAAUUCAUGCACCAAAUCACUCUAAUCAUCAUACAAUCGAUCUAAAUCCAUGGGAUCUACAAUUCCUAACAUUUGAAUAUAGUCAAAUGGGUUAUCUUUAUCACCAUUCUAUCAAUCUAGACACAUCAAAUCAAAUCCAACACCUUAAACACUCUCUUUCCUCUACCCUUGAUUAUUUCCAGCCUCUUGCAGGUCGGCUCAAUAUCACACAACAUGAAAAUGAUCUUAUCUCUUGUUCUAUCAUGUGCAACAAUAAAGGUGCACUCUUUGUUCACGCUCUAGCUAAAAAUAUUAGUGUUGUCGAUAUUCUUGAACCCACUUAUCUUUUUAAUAUUCAUCACUCGUUUUUUUCAUUGAAUGGAGUUUUUAACUAUGAUGGAAUGUCACAACCAUUACUUGCCGUUCAAGUCACAGAGUUAAUUGACGGCAUCUUUAUUAGCGUGACAAUCAACCACGUGGUUGGUGAUGGUAAUUUGUUUACCCAUUUUACGAAUUCAUGGGCGAGAAUCUCCAAAGGUUCUUUGGAAUUAUCCAAACUUCCAAUAUUUGAACGUUGGUAUCCAAAAGGUAUCGAAUGUCCUAUUCGAUUUCCUUUUGCAAUAGUGUCACAAAAUAAUCACUCUAAGAAUGAUCAUAUCAUUCCCCCAAUGAGAAUGUUUCAUUUCACAAAAGAGAAUAUUGCAAAACUAAAAUUCAAAGCCAACUUAGAGGCUGGUACAACAAACAUAUCUUCUUUUCAAGCCCUUUUCACUCAUAUUUGGCGUUCUUUUAUACGUUCUAAAAAUCUUGACCUACAAACAGAAGUGCAUUUUGUGUUGGAUAUAGGCGUUAAACAAAGAUUGAUUCCUCCUUUGCCAGAGAAUUAUUAUGGUGUUGCUGUGAUAGAAUGUGUGGUUACCAUGAAAGCUGGUGAGUUGUUGGAAGAUGAUGGAUUGGGAAAAGGUGCAUUGAAGAUGAAUAAGAUGAUUGCUUUGCACUCUGAUGAAAUGUUAAGGAGUCAUUAUCAAAAUUGGUCAAUAACACCAAAUUUUGUCAUUACUCCUGAUGAUGUGGUUAAUAACAAUUCAUUGGUGAUUGCUAGUUCACCUUGGUUUGAUUUUUAUGGGAAUGAUUUUGGUUGGGGAAAACCUUUAGGAGUUAUAAGUGGGUAUGCGAGUAAAAGAAAUGGGAAGAUUUUUAUGUAUGCAGGUGUAGAUAAAGGUAGUUUAGAGAUUGAAGUGUGUCAUCCUUAUGAAAUUUUGGAGGCAAUGGGAAAUGAUUCCGAAUUUAUGAUGUGACCACCUAGUGUUCUUUCUAAUAUAUAAUUAAUGAUAAUCUUUGAUGUACCAUUUUAGUUCAAAGGCUUUUAAUUUUGUAUUUGUAUAAGAAUAAAAAUGAGGCUGAAAUCUUAUGCCUUUGUAUUUGUGUAAGAAUGAAUAAUGAGGCUGAAAUUUGAUGUCUUGUUACAUUAAUUUGCUAUUAUCUAUCUCAAAUUUUCCCCGCUACAAGGGGAAGAUUAUAAGCAUCCCUCAUAUCUGUGGUACUCCACAGGAACCUUUUUGAAAAUCUGUGUAAAAGAUAAUGUGUGCGAAAGAAAAGGUUUGUUUGAAUUUUUAAAAUAAGCUCGGCAAGACAUUACGUCUUGUGCCUACAUACGUCCUCAGUAAAAUGGAGAAGUCAGAGCUAUUGUAGUUCCACUUAAAGGGGGAAGAUUUCUAAAAAGUAUAAACACUUUAUCAUCAUUGUCAUACCCCAAUUUUUGACCCUAAGAUCAUACAUCAAUUGCAUUUUAAUCAUCAAUCAAGAGUACUGUUGUGAAGUUCUAUCUUUGAUACUGUGUCUAUCUCUGAGGGGAAUCAUCAAGCACUUUUA